AGGCUGACAGCCCAAACACAAUAUCGACUAGAUUUCCAAUAAUUCCAGGGUUUGCCCAGAGAGAAAAAAAGAACCCCACCUCACUUUCACAGAAAACCUUCCUCCUCUCCUGCUCUCCCCACCAUAAUCCUUCAAAUCCCUUUUCCGCAAAACAACAUUCUUCAUACCUUUUCAAUCUUCAAACCCUUUUCUUGGAUUACCAAUUUUGGGAAAAUUUUGGUACAGGAUACAGGUGUAUAGGGAAAUUAUGUUUCCUCAAUCAGAUUCAAGAAACACUGAUCCCACCACACCCGCCGUGACAGCUGAUGCCAAUUUGAAUCCUCCCCCGCCCUCUUCCUCCGACGAGGACUUCUUCUCCUCCGUCUCCGUCGCAUCCUCCUCCUCAUCCGAGGAUACCCAAUCCCAUACGCAAACACCCCCUCAAACUCCCAUCUCAUGGCCCACCGAUUCCGUCAUAAACCAAGCCUGGGUUAUCUCACUCAUGGAUGCCUUCGACUGGGGAUCGCGAAACCUGCCCCCUUCGGAGCUCCCCUCGAUUUUCUCUGUCCAGGUGUUCGACAAGUUGGUACUCUCUGCCUCGAAGAUCCUUCACAAGGAGCCUAAUUGUGUUAGGAUUGAUGGGCUUGGCACCGAUUCAAGUGUCGUGGUGGUUGGGGACGUUCACGGGCAAUUGCAUGACGUGAUUUUUCUGCUGAGGGAUGCGGGUUUUACGGCGGAUAAUAGAGUGUUUGUGUUUAAUGGAGAUUAUGUGGAUAGAGGGGCUUGGGGUCUUGAGACAUUUCUUCUGUUAUUGGCAUGGAAGGUUUCUAUGCCACAUAAGGUUUAUCUUCUUCGUGGAAAUCACGAAUCAAAAUACUGCACUUCUGUUUAUGGAUUUGAGAAAGAAGUCUUGACCAAGUAUGGAGAUAAGGGAAAACAUGUGUACCGGAAGUGUUUAGGAUGUUUUGAAGGACUUCCUUUGGCUUCCAUUAUAGCUGGACGGGUUUACACCGCACAUGGAGGGCUUUUCCGUUGCGUAGCCACUACUCCCUCAAAAAGAUCUAAAGGAAAGAAGACUCGCAAAGUAAUUCUCAACCCGGAAUCUAGUUCUCUAGUUCUUGGUUCAUUGGAGGAGUUAUCUAGAGCUAGGAGAACUGUCCUUGAUCCGCCGUGGGAAGGUUUGAACUUGAUUCCAGGUGAUGUCCUAUGGUCAGACCCAUCAAUGAGCCCUGGCCUUUCUCCAAAUAAAGAGCGGGGAAUCGGUCUUUUGUGGGGCCCCGAUUGCACUGAAGAGUUUUUAAAGAAGUACAAUCUAAAGUUAAUCAUCAGAUCACAUGAAGGGCCUGAUGCAAGGGAAAAGCGUUCUGGUCUAGGAGGAAUGGAUGAAGGGUACACAAUAGACCAUGUCGUUGAGUCAGGGAAACUAAUUACUUUGUUCAGUGCUCCUGAUUAUCCACAGUUUCAGGCAACAGAAGAACGCUUCAAGAAUAAAGGCGCUUACAUUGUUCUAAACCCCCCUAAUUUUGAUGCCCCUGUGUUUCACAGUUUUGAAGCAAUUACUCCAAGACCUAAGGUAUGGGCUACGGAUCCUGCUAAUUUCUACACUAGAGAAGUCUACACUAGAGAAUAGUUAUGUAUCCUGUCAUUGCCAGCCUAACAUGUAUUGAGGAAGGCUCGUCCGUGAGACUCUUUGGAUUGGAAAGAAAAGGUGAAAGAAAAUAUAGGAAGACAAUGAAGUGAAGAAGUUAAAAUUUGUUUAUGUGGCUAGUUUAAGCCCUGCAUGUUGACUAUUGAUAGGCUAAUUUGGGGGUUUCUUGGUUCAAAUAUGACAGUACGACGUUAUAUAGGUAUUUCCGUACGUAAUGAACAUGAUGUAAUCUGCAUGGCAGGCGAAUCCGUUUUAUGAUUUCGAAGAUGUGAUUGACUCCGAUGAAGAAUUGGACUUGGCGUCAAUGGUUUCAUGAUCGUC